AUGAUACCGAUUCCCGAGGACGAAGCUGCAAAUCCAGACAACGACAGUCAGGAUCUUACUCCUGUGGACGAUAUUGCUGAUAUCGUGGAGACAUUUCGGAAGCUGCUAGGACCAAAGCUUAACUCACGCCCAGUACGUCACGGUCGAAUAUCACAAUUCCCCUCUGUUGGAUUUGAGCAAUCUUGGCGGAACAGGGUCUUCGGCAAGAGGACAUUGAAAAGCUCCGAGUCCACCUCCGAAGGGCCGUAUCUGACGCUCGUGGCUAAUCCGGGGCGGUUGGACGAGGAGCGUGUUAUUGGCGAAAACCAGCUAUGGUCCCACGAAACGUUCUAUAGGCAUUUGUGUCUCUUACAGUCCUCUGUCACCCAGACUGAAGCCAGUGCUCGGAUGUUCAUCGAUGCCUUUUGUUACCGCAAGCGAGUUGUUCUUAGCCUCGAGGUACCUAUCAACGCUACCGCUAGAAAAGAAGAAGCUGCCUUAGAAGGUUUCGUUGACUAUGCCAUUCUGUUUGCUGGGGACAGUCGUGCUACUUCUUUCAUUCGCGAGCCGCUUCUGUCAAAAAUCCGGCUGCACUCUGAUUUUGUUAUCUUCGUCACGGAAGCAAAAGCCGUCGAUGUAUCACUCUACCACCAACUCCCUCAGGCGCUGGGAGAAAUGUACGCCUGUUCUGCAGCCGUCAACCCUAACCAAUGGGCAUGGUUGUUCCUGAUUCUGAAAGUCCUUCCUGAUGGUCAAGGUGGAGAGUACAAUGUUUCUGAGGAAAUCUCGAUCAUGACAGCCGGUGCCAAUUUCGCUCUCGAAGUCAAUUCAAAUCCGUGCGCGCAGAUUUCUGUCAUCAUUGCUAGCUGGAUCGAAAAUAGUUUUAAGGACCUGGACAGCAGUGAUUGGUACAGGGCCAAAGUUUAG